AUCAGCAAAUUCCUACUAACCCUGUUUGUACUCAGUAAAUUUAGUUUUGAAUUCUGCCACCACAUCCCCUGGCACUAUCCUGAUACUCGUAUCUGCCGCAAACAUUCUGCCCCCUGCUCCGCGUGCCUUCUCCCGCUAAUUCAAAACCAAUGGCUCCCAAACCAAAAGAGCAACCAGAGGCGCCUGAUACCAGUGUUGACCAUGAAUCUGUCAACCCCAGUGCCGCCGAAGUCACCGCCAGCUUCUCGUCCACCCAGUCACAUGCUGUCGACGCCAAACCCCAGUCCUCGCCGCUCCUCCUGUCGACUCCGCCCAUUGUCUCCAAGGCUUUGGUUAGAGCCUACCCUUACUUGCUCAUCGUCAACAAACUCUUAUCCAUUAUCACCUGGACCAAUGAUGACUAUUGGGUCAACGUGGUAUUGAUCAGUGCCUACGCAUUGGUGGUGUUGUACUUUGAAGCGUUGGUGACGUGGUUCGGCCACUUGUUGAUUGUCGGUUUUAUCACUCUCUACGCGUUGCUUAACAAAAAGAUCCUACAAGAGGCUAACUUGCACCCUUCGCUCGAUGAGGUGAUCCAGGCGUUGACCAACACAUGUCUCAAGGCCGACCGGUUGUUGGAUCCCAUCAUCUCGUUGUCGUUGACCGCCUACGACAUCAAACGGUUACUUUUCACCACCGUUUUCCUAACCCCCAUUUACCUUAUUGUAUCUUUUCUUUUGAUCCAACCCCGGACCAUUUUACUUGUCACCGGUGUGUACUUGUUGACCUACCACUCGGCAUACCUGAGUGUGACCCGGAAGAUGAUCUGGAAGUUGAGGCUUACCCGUGUGUUGUUUUUCUACUUGACAGGGUUGGACUUUCUGAGGCAAAGAAACCACUCGUUGUUCGCUGCUGCCUUUGCCAAGGUCCAAAAAAAUGCUGGCCAUUCCUUGAAUCCGUUGAGCAGUAAGAGCAACCGGCCAGUAAGGUUCACGUAUGUGAUUUAUGAGAACCAGAGAAGAUGGUUGGGAAUUGGUUGGACCUCGAAUUUGUUGUCCUACGAGAGAACUCCCUGGACAGACGAGUUCCUUAAUGAGUCAUCGUCCAUCGACUCGUUCAAGUUGCCCAACCCUGAAAAUCAUCAGCAGUAUUCGUUUGGACUGGAGCAGUCUCUGCAGUUAUCGAUGAACAACGCGCGAUGGAGAUGGGUCGACAAGAGCUGGCGUUUGGAUUUAACCAACGAUGGUGCCGUUACUUUGCCGCCCGGUAAACGGUCCAAGACCACCGCUAACCCUGGUAGCGACGAAGGGUUUAUUUACUACGACAACACUUGGAAGAGACCUACUACUGAUGAUUCCUACAGCAAGUAUACCAGAAGAAGAAGAUGGAUUAGAACCGCCGAGUUGGUCUUCGACAAUGACAACGAUGACGACGAUAUAUCGACCUAUGACCCUGCUGAUGAGGACACUCCGAAGGUGAAGAAGAACCUUCGGUUUGCCGAGCCCGUGCCUGAAACAGACGAAGAGAAAGAAGAAUCUCGCCCCUCGGAUCUUAUCGACAUGGAAGACAUCAAGUCGUCCAAACAACAGACUGAUACCGUUUCCAGCAUCUUGGAAAAGCUCGAGGUGGCCCCCCAGUCGAUAACCAAAGAAGUCUUGACGCCUGUUCUCACAACUGAUCUCGAUACCAGCACCUCCGACAUCGAAGAUAUCAAGUCGGUGAAUCCCGUAAGUGACCCCGGGACAAUCUUCCUGCCCGGUAACCCUCCCGUUGACGAUAAGAAGAACGUGUAGAUAGGCUGAUAUUUUAAAUAGAAAUGGAAUUAUUUAAGGUUGAUAA